UAUACAAUGAUAUAUUUCAUAAUUAUAUAUUUCUGUCACUUCCAUCACCUUACUCCCUCAUCUCUUUUGCCUUGCCCUCUAUUGUUCAUCCGGGAUCAGGAUAAUUAUCCUCACACUUGCACCAAUUCACAUCCAGCACAAAGAACUCCAGUAGUAACUUCGGUUUCAAAAAAUGGACCCUUCUUCUUGGCCUGACGAACCUAAUCGUUCCAAAAUCGGGUCGUUUUACAGCUUGCUCUUGACCCAAGAAAGACAUGAAAUUAACCGUUUCCCCUUACAGGACUAUCCUACGUGGGCAAGGCGAGUGGUCCAUGCUGAACGCAAACGAUACAAAGACAAAGGAACAGAUAAACCAACAAAAGCUGACAGGAAAAUGGUCCUGGAUUUUGGUGAAGGGAUUAGUUCACAACUAUCACAACCAAAUGAUAACCAACAAGCAUCAGUUGAUAGUAAUCAGCAGCCAUCCGUCAAAGAGAAAAAGAAAAAGAAAAAGAAAAAGAAAAAAGAGAAAGGGCCAGGUCAGGGGGAAUAUGAUGCUGAAUACCUUCAUACUCACGUUGCUGAUGAAGCAGCAUACCCUAUCGUCUACAGUAAAAACUGUAGGCAGUCCCACGAAAGAACUAUGAAAUCCUGGGGACACUUCAUCUGCAAAACAGAGGAGUGCGAGGAGAACGAAUGGAAAUCAGCCAUCAUUGCCUGCCAUCUGAUUUUUUCUAGGUCCAACAUUUCCUACAAGGUUACACUUCAUGCCCAGAAGUGCAGGCAAUGCGAACGCUAUGCAGAACCUAUUGUGGACCCAGAAGCCUAUGCUAGACAGGUGGUUCAUGUUUUGGACUUGUGGAUGCAUCUUAGAGAAAGGGAAGAGCCCACUGGAUCUGGUGUCCAUACCAGAGGCCCUCAUGAUAUUGCUCGCUGCCAUGGAUGCGAAGUAGGUCAGUGCCCAUAUUCGGCAGGGGAGUUAGGGGCUCGACCAUCUAGACAAUUUCUUUAGUAUAAACUACCCUGAGAAUUGAAU